AUGCAACCACUCGUGCUUCACCCACCGAGCCUCACCACCGCCCAGUUCGGACAGCCCCGGUUCAACUCGGGCCCAGAGCGGCUUCCGUUGAAUCGAUCUUGGUCUACCAAUGCUCGAGGGUGCAGUCCCCGGGCUCCUUUUCGCCGUCAAUCUAUGUCUGGCUCGCCGCCGGCCGAAGAGCCCACGGUGACGUCCAGAGACCUCAAGCCUGAGCUGGGAUAUCCUCCGGUAUCUUCGCCGGCAGUGACCGCCGUCUCGGCGGUCACUGCCGCUGGAGCGGUUGCUGCUCCCACACCUUUUCCUAUAACAAGUACUGCGACGACGACUAUCCCAGGACCAAGUUCACUGCCCCCUUCACACCCACUGGUGCUGAAUGAACCGUUACCAGCGCACGUCUCGACCCCAAGGUAUGGCGAUCCUCUCGGCCCAGCACCGUCAGCAUUUUUAGCCGGCUCUCCACGACUGCCACCAGGAGCUGCUCCAUAUGUAUCGUUCCCAGGUCUGGAUUCAUCCGUGGCAGGGCCCUCGCCCCGCUCAUUGACGCAAAAAUCAACUCGCCGGACCAAGGCUCAUGUCGCGUCCGCCUGCGUCAACUGUAAGAAAAAACACUUGGGAUGUGAUCCGGCAAGACCAUGUCGACGAUGUGUUCUUGCUGGGAAGGCCUCAUCGUGUGUGGAUGUCACACACAAGAAGCGUGGGCGGCCACCAUUGAAAGCAGAAGAUUCUUCUCUCCGUUCUUAUUCGACACAUGCCGAUAAUCCGGCAGUGCCAGCCGAAGUCCAUCCAAAUGCGCCCCCUCAUAGAACUAUUAUGCACCGGACAACAUCGUCACGCGAGCUACGGCCGAUGACGGAUCUUCAAGGACUCGGCGAACCAGGACCUGCGGGUGCCUCAAUGCGAGUACCGGGAGCUCAAUCGCACCGGUGGUCGGCAUCUGUGUUUCCAUUGACUCGACCGAUGGAUCCAUCACCAUCAAUGCCUGGCCCAGGCGGACGACGACCGUUCUCUUCAUCUGGACCGCCAACGUAUGCAGUGCCGGCACAUCCGCCACCCGCUUUUGUCCCAAUGGCCAGCGGGUUCAACCCUGUAAUCAAGCCGGGAAAUAUGCCACCGGGAAUGGAAAGACGGUUCCCACCAUAUGGACCAGGAUUGCCGCCACCAACAUCGCCUCCGCAGCCCCAGCUUCCGGGGGGGAUGGCCUAUUUACACUACGCAGAGGCCCCAAGCAACACGAUACACCAAACGCUCACCGAUCCUCGGAUGCCUCAUGGACCACGAGAACCCUAUCUAGAAUCCCCCGUUAGAUUACCGCCUAUCCAUCAAGCCACUGCCAGCCCUGUCCCUGGCCCGCCUCCACAUCCGCAGCAUGCACAUCGUCUGAGUGACCCAUACCCUGCAUCCUGGAGCUCCGGCAGCCGGGACGACAACUUCAGAGAGCCACGAUCUCCGAUCCAACUACAAAGACCCUUGGGUUCUGUCUUCUCGCACUCGCCUACUCACCAACGUUCAUCCUCGACAACAGGUCCUCUCGACCCAAUUCCCCGGCAUCUCGGUCCUAUUGAUCUGCCAUCGCCGGUCUCUAUUGCGCAUUCUUCGCCGGCUUUGACACGGACAACUAUAAACCCUGCGACGACUGAGGCAGACACCCAAGAGCCGCGCCCCAUCAAGCGGCGCAAGAUGGCCCUUGAUGACAUGGUCAACGGCUGA